UCUCGUUUGCUUAUUGGUCUACUGUGUGGCUGAAUCCCCAGCCACGCCUCGUGCAUCCUCUCCUCUUUCCGUUGUGCGCGUUGUCCGGUACCGGUGAUCUAAACCACGCCGCAAAUAUGAUGGGCCGACCGGUUCUCGUGCUUAGUCAGAACGUCAAGAGGGAAUCUGGACGUAAGGUCCAGAUUGGAAACAUCACUGCGGCUAAAACCAUAGCAGAUGUCAUCAGGACAUGUCUGGGACCAAGGGCUAUGAUGAAGAUGCUUCUGGAUCCCAUGGGUGGAAUUGUCAUGACCAAUGAUGGCAAUGCCAUUCUGAGAGAGAUCCAGGUCCAGCACCCUGCUGCCAAGUCCAUGAUUGAGAUUAGCCGCACACAAGAUGAGGAGGUUGGAGAUGGGACCACCUCUGUCAUUAUUCUGGCGGGUGAGAUGCUCUCUGUGGCUGAGCAGUUUCUGGAACAGCAGAUGCAUCCUACCGUGGUGAUCAGUGCAUACAGACAGGCUCUGGAUGACAUGUUGAAUAUACUCAAAGACAUCAGCACCCCAGUAGAUGUGAAUAAUCGUGACAUGAUGUUGAAGAUAAUAAACUCCGCCAUCAAUACCAAAGCGCUCAGCCGCUGGUCCACCUUGGCCUGUAACAUCGCUCUGGAUGCUGUCCGUACUGUUGAGAUGGAGGAAAACGGGCGCAAAGAGAUCGACAUUAAGAAUUACGCCAAAGUCGAGAAGGUGCCUGGUGGCUUCAUCGAGGACUCAUGUGUACUGAAGGGGGUGAUGGUAAACAAGGAUGUAACUCAUCCCCGUAUGCGAAGGCUGAUUAAGAACCCCAGAAUUGUUCUGCUGGACUGCUCUCUGGAGUACAAGAAGGGUGAGAGUCAGACUGAUAUUGAGAUCACUCGUGAGGAAGACUUUGCCCGCAUCCUGCAGAUGGAGGAAGAGUACAUCCAGCAGAUCUGUGAAGAAAUCAUUCGUCUCAAACCUGACCUGAUCUUCACUGAGAAGGGCAUCUCUGAUCUGGCUCAGCACUAUCUGAUGAAAGCAAACAUCACUGCAAUCCGUCGCGUCAGAAAGACGGACAACAACCGCAUUGCAAGAGCAUGUGGGGCACGUAUUGCCAGCAGAACGGACGAGCUCCGUGAAGAGGAUGUGGGUACGGGAGCAGGCCUGUUUGAAGUGAAGAAGAUCGGCGAUGAGUAUUUCACCUUUGUGACAGAGUGUAAAGACCCCAAAGCCUGUACCAUUCUGCUAAGAGGAGCCAGCAAAGAGAUCUUAGCGGAAGUGGAGCGAAACCUACAGGAUGCCAUGCAGGUCUGUCGUAAUGUCCUGUUGGACCCGCAUCUGUUGCCAGGCGGUGGAGCAGUGGAGAUGGAUGUGUCCCGUCGGCUGAUGGAGCGUUCGCGAGCAAUGACCGGUGUGGAGCAGUGGCCUUACCGCGCUGUGGCUCAUGCCCUGGAGGUCAUCCCACGCACACUUAUCCAGAACUGUGGAGCAUCAGCAAUACGUGUGCUCACUUCCCUUAGGGCCAAGCACACUCAGGAGGGCAACACCUCAUGGGGUGUCAAUGGAGAGACAGGAACUCUUGCUGAUAUGGAGCAGCUGGGGAUCUGUGAACCGCUGGCAGUUAAGGCUCAAACCUACAAAACUGCAGUGGAGACGGCCGUCCUGUUACUGCGCAUUGAUGACAUUGUUUCUGGUCACAAGAAGAAGGGAGAUAACCAGUCGGGUGGAGCGCCGAUGGAGGAACAGUAGAGGGAACAGGAGAUACAGAGGAUGAAGGAACAAGAGUACAGAAAGGACAGUUAUGCAGCAAAUGAAGAGCAAAUAUACACAAGCAUUUAUCUGUGCAAAACACCAUUCUCCAACACAAUGUUCUCAUCAGAAAGCCAUUUGCACUGUUGCUUUAUGUCAUUAGGCCAGAAGCUCUUCUCACUCAUUUUUGUCUCCUCUGGCAAAAGAAACAACUCUGGAUUGGAUUAGGAUGUGUUUGUGCUAGUAUCUCUGUGCUUCACUUUGCUGGUAUCGUUACUUUGUAUUUCCUACCGGUGAUAAAUUUCAAUCGUUGAUAAAUUUCAAAAUCUAA